UCGCAGAGAGCCGCACGAUUCUUGGCCGCGCCGGUUCUCGACCAGUUUGCGUGCCGAGCGUGUCGCGAACGGUCGCUUCCUCGUGCGACUCGUGUCCUCGGCAGGCUUAGAUCGGGACCGAGAUACCUGUACCCGUACUACACGGUGACCAGUGGGACAAUCCUCACCGAAAUCACUGUCGAGACCUUGUACACCGAUUCUUAAUCCGCUCGAGUCUUCAUCGCCGGCACGUUAUUUUCAACAGUCUUCGAUCUCUACUCGACAACGCGUUGCCUUCGAUGAUCUAAAGCCUUUCUCUGCCAACGCGUUAUCUACGAUAGUCCACAGUUUUCCAUCUUCCGUCGCUGGCACGUUAUUUCCGAUAGUGACCGAGGUGUAUGUUAGCCUAAGUUACAAGUAUCAACUGUGUUCGAAAUCGAUGAAAACGGAAAAGAACGCGACAGAAACCGAAGGAACCCACAGUAGCGAUGAUCGAUAUUGCUAGAACAGAUACCGAGAAGUUAUCAAGCUCCAAUCAUUUCGUAAGACCCCAGAAACUUGUACCUUCCUUUUUUUAAGUCGCUCGAAUAUGUGACUGGGAAGUUCGCUCGCCGCUGAAGGUCGACCAACCAUUCGUUGUUAUCGGGUCGACGAAAAGAUAAAUGAACAGUUCGUUAAGGUUUUUCGCGAACAACUCGCACAUGAAGGUUCCGAGACCGACGGUUCACCGUACUUGAUCGACCACGUAAAUGGAACGGCAUGGUUUAACUGGUAAUUCUCGGCCGCCGCUGAAGAAACAGCCAGCAACGAAGCGCAGGGAUCCCUCGGAGAUGGAAGAGCCGGAGGAGACAGAGGAAGAAGCAGAGAAACGAGGACGUGGACGGCGAAGACGACGAGGAAGGGGACGCGAAGUUGAGGAACGUCUCUGAAGGGCCUGGAUAAUGGCAGCCGCUAUCGUCGAGUCGGAAAUAAGUGCGGGCCAGGCCACGGCUAAAGGAUCGGCGAACGAUCUAUCGGGUUAUCGGAAGGCUGGCAACGAUGGCGGAAUGGAGAGAUACUUCCUCGCGGCCCUCCGCGAGGACCACGAGGAUCGCGAGGAUAACGAGGACCGGAGCGAAGACGACGUUUCAACGGCGGGAUUCGAUACGGUCCGCGGCGGCGUUAGCAGAAGAAGCCCGCUUAUCAAGCACGAUAAAGAGUCGAACGAAGGGACGAUCGAGCCUUCCGACCGGUCUUCGUCUUUCCGCGCGAGGAGUGGGAACGUUAACGUACCGGAGAACGACGCGCGUAAGUUCCGGGUGUGCGGUCGAAAGCGUCCCGGCGUGGACUUUAGGGUCGACGACGGAGUGAAAGUCAAGAGCAACAGUUUACAGGACGAGACAUCGAUCUCUGCCAGGGCUGUCUGCAAAGUAUCGAACGAGCGUCGCGGGUCGGGGACCAUGGACCCUGGAAAGGAUCAGGAUGAUUCGCGCGUCCCAGCGCCGAGGAACCACCUGAAUCUGAUCCUGGAUCGAAUCGACGGUUGCAGGCACUCCGAAGCGCCUCGUAAACCGGUCGAUUCUCUUAAAGAUUCCGGUGUCGGGACGAGCGAGAAAACACUGGAGGACGUCGCCGCCAGCAGGACGUCUCGAUCCGCGAGCCAGGACACCGGCCGUAUCGCCGGCCGAAGAUCCCCUGACGACGCGGCGCCCGUUCACGGCCACGAAAAUUCCGGGGAGUCUCGCGUGUCUCGGGACAGGCGUCUUUAUCUCGAGAGAUACGCCGGCUAUCUUGACGGCUACGAGGAGAAGGACGCGAACGAUCGCGAGGGCAACCACGAGCCUCCCGUCGCCUCCCUGCUCUAUCGCAGCAGGUCCUUGCCGCGUUUGUCGAUGCACGACAGCGGCGUCGCGUGCAGCGGCAACGAGCAAACGCCGGCGGAUCGGCCGAUACAAAACACGAAGCAGUGGGUUGCCGAUUGGAAGCAGUUGCACACGCUCAAGCAGCAUUAUUAUCCGGAAGGUGGUUGGGGAUGGAUCGUCAUGGUCGUCGGGGUGAUAGUGCAGAUGCUGUCGCACGGGAUACACGGGGCAAGCGGGAUUCUUCUGCAGCAGGUGGCUGGCAUGUUCGGCCGUCACGAGUACCUUGAGUCAGGAUGGCUUGGGGCAAUCUCGACGGGCGUUGCUUUACUCGUUUCUCCCGUGACGAUAGCACUAUGUCGAAGAAAAAGUACGAGGCUUACGGCAGUCCUGGGCGGUCUCGUUACGGCGCUUGGAUGUCUCUUCACCUCGUUCGCCACGCAGUUCCACCAACUGUUCUUCAGUUACGGCACGGUCGUCGGUAUAGGAGUUGGUUUGACAAGGGACUGCAGUACACUGAUGGUGGCGCAGUACUUCAAGCGAAGAAGGGAGCUGGUUGAGAUCUUCGUCGUCUCCGGAAGUGGCCUUGGAAUUGCUGUUAUGUCGGCUUUUAUAAAAGGAGCGAUUAGUAAAAUAGGUUGGCGUUUGGGUCUUCAGGCGGUGACCGGUGUAGUUUUCCUCACUUUCAUUCUGGGCACAUUUUAUCGAAGCGCGUCACUCUACCAUCCCCAGCGCAGAGCGAUUCUGCACCUGAAAAAUCAGAAGCGCAAGAUCAAGGAUAAGAAUAAGACUGAUGAUAGGCCACCCUUUUUCGACUUCAGCACGCUGAAGAGCAAAACCGUGAGGAUACUACUGAUGUCCACCGGAAUAUCUGCCUUUGGAAUCAACACUCCGAUAUUUUAUUUGGCGCAUCAAGUGGAAGAAGAAGGCUUGGGUGACACGGUGAUCCUGCUGCAAGCUUAUCUUGGCUUAGCCUGGACCCUCGGCUGCGUGGCCUUUGGUCUUCUGGUUGUUCAUCGCAGCGUCGAAUGCAGGAUAGCACGCCAGUACCUCACGCAGGCGGCAGUGUUUGUAUGCGGAGUCUGUAUCCUGGCCCUCACCGCUGUUCAAGGAAAUUAUCACGGAUACGUCAUGUUCGCCUGGAUUUAUGGUAUAUUCUGCGGUGGUUACCACUACAGUCUGAAGAUGUACACAUAUGAAAGAGUGAGGGCGAGAAACUUCGCCAGAACAUGGGGAUUCGUGCAGUGUUCUCAGGCUAUACCAAUAGCGAUAGGAGUCCCGAUUUCAGGAUACAUGAACGUCGGCUACGGUGGGAAAGCUGGUUACUAUUUCAGUUCCACCUGCGUUCUGGUCGGCAGUUUCACCCUCUUCUUCAUAGAUCUUCAUAGAAGGAGCUUGUCCAGGCAUAAACACACAAAAUCUAACGGGACCAAGCACCUCUGUAUUUCGGACUCUUGCCCCCAGCGACGGCGACUGUCGUUCAGUCAAGAACCGGAAAAUGACAGUCCCCACGUGGCAGCCGCCGGAGCUGCUGCUGCCGCGCUCGUCCUUGGUGCCGAAAUUUCACCGACUCCAGGUAUAUAAACAUAAUACUUC